AUGGCGGAGGAAUCAGGCCGCCCCUUGCCAAAAUUUGGUGAAUGGGAUGUCAAUGAUCCAGCUUCUGCAGAUGGAUUUACUGUCAUAUUCAACAAAGCCAGAGAUGAGAAGAAGGGUGGGAAUGGACAAGACACUGAUUCACCUUCCAAGGACACCAGGACUGAGAGGGUGGAAUCCUAUGCUGCAAAACCAAGCACGAAGAAAUGGUUUUGUUGUGUGACAGCCAGCCCUACGCAAUCCUGA